AUGCACAGUCCAGAAGAAAGUAGAGAGUUCUUCAAGGCCUUCAAUAAAAGUAUGCAUCUAGAGGCGCCAAUCCUGGCUCUUGGCCUCGGCCGUAUAUUUGAUGUUCCUUCAUCUUCAGAAAGUUGUAGCCCAAUUGCUUACAGCCCUGCAAGUUACGGCGACAAUGCUGCCUUAUUUCAUGAACUCUCGGGACAUCACUUUGAAGACAUAAAUGUCAAACUUACUUCAAAAGAAGUGCCAAAAUGCAUAGGAGAGGUAGUAGAUAUACCCAGUCUCUCCUCUCAUCUUGCUGCAGAAUCUAUUCUCGCUGCAGAAGCACGAAAAGGUUCUGAUCAAUGGUUGGCUGUUCAUGUUCAAGAUACCACCACGAUUCUUCUCUUUCCUCCACUCGGAUGUGUGAGUCUUGGACGAUUUGGACUCACGUCCUGCAUGGAAUGGCUCGAAGAUUGUGGCAUAUCGCAAGUACUUGUGGUUGUGCCGGCAGUUAAUGAGGGAGAGGCCAUAUGUAAGAGCCUUCUCUUUCUUGGGUUUUCACGUCUCCCCAGGGACGUAGCUGCCACACAACUACCUACUUGGCUUGGAAAGUACAACAUUUUAGUGACUGAUUUUACUGAAAUAUAA